UGCAGCAAGAUUUGCAGGAGGAUUUCUUCUUCUGUUUUUGCUUCAGUGAGUGAGUUGUUGGCGAUUCAAUUGUGAUGAAGAAGAAACCCAAAAAGAAGUGGUCUAUAAACAUGUUUUCCGGUAAAGUCUCCAAAUUCUCUUUCUCUGUCUUGCACCAAAAGUGAAACCGUUUGUGACUGCAAAUAGUUUCAAACUGCAGAUUUCCUCUUUCAAGUUAGAGCCUUGCUUCCUGUGUAGGAAGAAAGUGUAUCAGAGGACAGAUGUAGAGCACCAAAGUAGUCCCAGGGAGCAGGAUGGACAAGUUUCGUGCGGUGUUUGAUUUCUGCCUUAAUCACCAGAAGGCACUGGGCUAUGGGGCUGUCUCUUUGUUGACGGUUGGCAGCGAGCGCAUCUUUUCUGCUGUGGUGUUCAAAUGCCCUUGCAACUCCUGGAAUAUGCUCUAUGGCCUGGUCUUCCUCUUGGUGCCAGCCCUUAUUCUGUUUCUGCUUGGCUUCUUGCUCAGUAGCCAGUCUUGGAAGAUACUCACCGGAAGCUGCGCCCCCAACAGGCUGUGCAGGUGCCCUCACGGGACCCGAUUCCGGCACUACUUGAAAGUGCUGGGGCUGGUGAUUGUCAGAGCAUCUGUUGCUCCCUUGACAUGGAUUGCUGUGGCCUUACUGGGAAGCCGCUUCUACGAGUGUGCCGCUUCUGGGAGCUCUUCAGUGCAGGCGUACAUGUGCAAAGGCAAAGGGGGUGAGUGUGUUGAGAAAAUGCCUCAGGUUCCUUGUCAGAGUGGCACUGCUACCUCGGAGAUGCAGGAUAUACUCAUGAGCCUUCAAGCACAGUCUCAGGUGCUGGGGUGGAGUUUGAUCGCCAGUGUCUUCAUAUUGGCCCUAGUUUCUACAUGCAUCUCCCGUUGCUGUUCUCCAGUCAGUAUUCUCCAGCUUGCCUUCUGGAAAGUGUACCUGGAGCAAGAGCAGCAGCUUUUUGAGCAAAAGGCCAAGGAUCACGCAGCGAAGCUGGCAGAUAGGAACGUCAAGUGCUUCUUUGAUUCCACAGAACUGGACGAGUUUCCAACUCCAAGUGCCAAAGAGUGGCACGGCAUUUCUUCCUUGUUCACCUUUAACCCUAAAAAAGAUUACUACAGCAUGAUGCACAAAUAUAACAGCAGCAAAACCAAUACUGGCAGUCUUAAGUCUGUGGAGGGGGAUACAGUUCCUUGUUGCCUGGGGUUUGUGGAUGGCGCUGGUGGUAUUGACACACAAGGGUUAUAGUGAAAUAAUUGCUUAGCCCAUCAGGCUCUGUUACAAGAAGAUGUCUAAAUGAACAUGGUUGUUAUUUCCUCUUUCCUCUUUUUUUCCUCUUUCUCUUGUUUUUUGGUGUUGGGUUGUGCUUUAUAUGUAUGGUGUGUAUACAGCCUGACCAUAAUUAACCUCUGACUCCUACUAAGACAUACAGUGGUACCUCUGGUUACAUACUUAAUUCUUUCUGGAGGUCCAUUCUUAACCUGAAACUGUUCUUAACCUGAAGCACCACUUUAGCUAAUGGGGCCUCCUGCUGCCGCUGCGCCGCCGAAGCACGAUUUCUGUUCAUAUCCUGAAGCAAAGUUCUUAACCCGAGGUAAUAUUUCCGGGUUAGCGGAGUCUGUAACCUGAAGCGUAUGUAACCCUAGGUACCACUGUACCUGCUUAUCUAGGCUUUGGCUGGCCACUAAUUCCCAGCCUGGAAUAAUAUAUUGCAGACUACCAUGGGUGGAAGACAGAUAGACAGAUAGAUGAUAGAUAGAUAUAGAGAUAUGAGGUUUAUUUUACUGAAUCUGCUUGUAUCUUGUCAAUCCCUCUUAUAUUACUCAGAUGAAAUGUGGCACAAAGUAUUUUAAAAAUAAAAGAUUCAGGAGUCCCUCCCCCAUGAUGUUUUGGAUUACUGGAUUUGGAAGGAACCAAAUGCCCAAACUGCACAUGAGAGGGAGAGCAUAGGUGGAAGCCUUAUGCCAUGUUUCUGAUCUUCCAAACAAUUCAGGCCAGUGGACACAUUUGAAAUACUGAGAAAGCAUCGUGGCACCAGUCACGAAAUGUCUAUCAUAGGGACGUGACAUAACACAAAAUGGUUUACCACAUUCAAAAGAGCAGGAAAAGAGACAUGACCACAAAAUGGUAUUAGCAUGCCACUCGCCAGCUGGAAAAAGACACCUACAUUUGCCACACUUAUUCACACAGAAAAGCUCUUUGGAGCUUUAAUCUGUUCAGAAAGGAUGGGAAGAUGGGUUCCAAUUUUGGCAUCCAGUGAAAUUUUAUUUUUAUUUAUAAACAUAUUUCUUUGCUGCAAUAUAAAGUAUCAGGGCAGUUUACAGUUUUAACGCAUAAAACAAAUGGGCAUGUUUAAGGCACAUUCAAUGUAAGAGAUGCUGAGCCAGGAAUUAAGCAGGAAGAUACACAUUUUUCUUGCAUUGUGGAUUUUAUGAGAGGAUAUUUACUGGUAUUUCUGGGCAUCAUGUUCACUGGCACAUGUGGGCACCAUGUUGGAGACCCCUGGUUCAGAGAAUGAGGAAAAUGGCAUCUGAACUGAGUUAGUGUGUGUGGAAUGAUACUGGGCUACUUGCCCAAACAAAACUUUCACCUUGCCUGUCAAGGAGUACGAAAAAGGACGGGGGGGGGGAAGGAUCAACUGGAUCUCUUGUGCUCCCAAGGGGCCCGCAAAAGGAAGCAUGUGUUUGGGUAUUUCCACUGGAAUCAUGGGAAAAAACUGUUUGGUAUGGGAUUCUUCUGCAGCCACGAAAAGAGUAGUACAGUUACCCUGCUUCUAAUAAAUUAACCAGUGUAACACAAAAUGUUUCUGCCUGGAAAAUCCUUGUCUUACCCCAUUAUUUGCUUUCUUGUUUGUGCAAUCCAAAUCAUGUCUCAGGCACCCCUUAGCCCAUUUCUUCUCAAAUCCU